AUGGCCCCAAUAGUUGCCAAAAUGGUUAAAAAGAACCAGAGUUUAGUUACCAUGCGUUUUACCAACGCAAAUGAUAUUACUCCAGUUUUAGUCGCUUAUACCUUGGGCCAUUGGGAAAUAGCUCGCUUUCUCUAUUCUCUUACUCCAAUCCAUGUUUUGACUCAAGACAAUAGUGGCCGCGAUGGUGCUCAACUUAUUACCGAGUGCUUUUUCCAGAUAAAUAAAUUUGAUAUUGGAUGGGAUUUACUUCAGAAGUGCCCAAAAUUGGCCCUUACUGAAACUUACGCGACGGAUCGCUCCCCUCUAUAUGCAUUGGCUGGUUCACGUUUCGCAUUUUCAAGUGGGGUUCCACUCAGAUUUUGGCAACGCUGGAUCUAUAACAAUAUACACGUACAACAACCUCAACCUGCUCCUAUCAACUCUGAUGUUUGUGUAAAUUUUGAAGAACUAGAAGAUGACAAAAGAAAUCCAAGGGAUCUCAUUUCCUCAGGGAGUUUAUCUGCACAUCUUAAUCAUAUUCAAGGUGCAGCUUUGCAAAUGCAAAGAGAGCUACAAUGGUUUAAGGAGGUGGAGCGUAUUUUACACCCCCAGCACUUGGAAGUAAGAAAUAAGACCGAGCAAAUAACAGCACGAGAACUAUUCACCAAGAACCACAAAAAAUUGGUGAAGGAAGGAGAAGAGUCAAUGAAAGGGACAACAACUUCUUGCACAGUCGUAGGUGCCCUCAUUGUUACCAAUAUGUUUGCUGCGGCAUUUACAGUUCCUAGUGGAAACAAUCAAGAUACAGGUUUUCCCAUCUUCUUAAGAAAGAAGUUCUUUAGGGUUUUUCUUAUUUCAGAUUCUAUAUCACUCCUUUCUUCGACGACAUCAGUGAUGAUAUUCUUGGGAAUUCUUACAUCACGUUAUGCAGAAGACGAUUUCCUCAGGUCUUUGCCCACAAAAAUGCUAUUAGGCCUUUUCACCCUUUUUUUAUCUAUCGCCGCCAUGAUGGUUGCUUUUUCUUCAGCUCUUUUUAUUAUGCUUGAGGGAGAAUCAUGGGUAUCUAUUCCAAUCAGUUUGCUUGCCCGCGUUCCAAUCGCCUCGUUUGUGUGGAUGCAGUUCCCCCUCUUUCUUGACAUUUUCAUGUUUACCUAUGGAAGAGGAAUAUUUGACAAGAAAUGCAGAGCUUGGGAAUAAAAUCCUGAUUAUGCGGUGUGAUGUUUGUCUUUUGAUCUCAUGUGAUGUUCGUCUUUGGCUUUGUCACUUUUAAGAAAUUUUUAUGAAACACGUAAAGAAAACACAAUGUACGCGUGUGUUUCCAUAUAUCUAUUUCGUUCAAAUAAUACCAUCCUUAUAAUUAA